AUGGUUCUGACGUUGGUUGCCUGGUCGUUGCUGCCCCGCCGGAGUCGCCGAGGACUCAGUUAUUACGAGCAACAGCUCCAGUCUUCCAGCUUGAGCCGGCCUUUUUCCGGGCUGCGGGCCGGCGAGGCGGGUCUGGACGGACUUUUGGAGUACGAACAGAGCCUGAGUGAGCUGCGCAACUCUCAAGGGCCGCAACCGGUGCGCUACGUGGGGGUCGCCAAAACAGACACAGAAAUCCUGCGCAACACGCAGUUCCAGAAACAUUUCAAGGACAUCUGGGCCACAAUUCUCGCCAACAAGCCCAGGGCCGGGUUCGAGCUCGCACCGGGCAUGGCUGCCGGCUCGGGCAUGCCGCUUGACGUGCUGGUAAAACGCGAAUACGGCGCGUACAAGGCGGUCAAUGUCGCCAUGCACGACACCGUGGGCGUCCCGCUGCUCAGCGAGGAGUACCUGCUGAACUGUCUCAAGGUGCCGCCCGAAAUGGUGGCUGAUUUGGCCGCAUCACACAAGAAUGUGGUCAGAGACCUGCCCGCGUCAUAUCCGGACGGCCUCUACGAGGGCAGAGGCAUUGUAUUUAUUGGCGGCGGAAAAUUCUCGUGGCUGUCGCUGCUCGGGAUUGAGAACUUGCGCGCCACGGGCUCGAAGUUGCCCGUCGAACUAAUCUUCCCCACGGAAGCCGAGUACGAAGAAAUGCUCUGCGAAAAAGUGCUGCCCGACCUCAACGCCAAGUGCGUGCUGCUCACAGAGCGCGUGCCCGAGUUUCGCAAACACAAAUACACAAUCAGAGGCUACCAGUACAAAAGCCUGGCGCUGCUGGUGUCCUCUUUUGAACAGGUGCUGUUUUUGGACUCAGAUAACGUGCCGGUAGCCAACCCGGACGCGAUUUUCGUGUCCGAGCCGUUUACGUCGCACGGGAUGGUCACGUGGCCCGACUUCUGGCGCCGCGUCACACAUCCAACCUACUACAAACUCGUCGACCGCGAGCUCGGCAACGAACAGGUGCGCAACAACAUCGACGAUGUGACGCCAAACAGAUACUAUGCACGUGACCCUGGUCACGCGUUCUCGAGCGUGCCGUUGCACGACCGCGCUGGGGCACUCCCUGACCCCUCGAGCGAGUCGGGCCAGAUCGCCGUGGACAAGCGCACGCACCUCCGCGCGCUGCUGUUGGCGCUAUAUUACAACUACUACGGACCACAGCAGUACUAUCCGUUGUUCUCGCAGGGCGGGGCUGGCGAGGGCGACAAGGAGACCUUUGUGGCCGCAGCGCAGCAUUUUGGACUGCCCUUCUACCAUGUGCGCAAGGCUGUUGAUGUGAUUGGCUACUGGCAACUCCAGCCCGAGGAGCACUACACGGGAGUCGGCAUGAUUCAGUACGAUCCGGUGGUGGACUACAAAUUGGUAGCAGCGUACAAAGACUGGUUUUCAGCUCGCGAAAAGGAGCACGAGCGACGUCAAGCGUCGUUUGUCGGUCGCUUGCGCGACUGGUGGGCCGGAGAAGUGGUGUACGACCCUGCCCGAACGUUCACUGGCUGGUUCAACAAGACGAACAGCCGGCCGAUGUUUGUGCACUCGAACUUCCCGAAACUGGACCCGGUGAGUCUGCGCAAGGACGACUUCCUGUUUGUGACGAACGGUGGCGCGCGCAAACGGGUUCGCAUGUACAGCGACCAGUCUGGGCUGGACUUUGACUAUGAGUUGCGCCAAUGGCAGUUCAUCAAGAAACACUUCUGCGACAAGGCCAUCGAUCUCAACUAUCUGCGUGUUGCCGGCGUGACGUCGCUGGACUACUGCGACUUCAUUGAGCAAGAACUGGAGUUUCUUGAAAAUUCCCAGCACCUGAUUAAUAUCCGCAACGCUACCACUUAG